AAGAGUUUUUUUUUUGUACCACGUGAUCCGACUGUCAAAUAUGGCCCCUUCCUACUGGGUGUGAGCUGAGAGGAGCGAUAGCUAACAAAGGCAAGAAAACUGUCAAAUCGGACAGCACCGAUUAAUACCCCCACCCACAACUGCACAUACGUGACACCCUCAGCAAGUGAAAAAUGCCUGCCAAAUGAUGAAGUGUGCCAGAAAGAGGAAGUGACAGAAGGCGGUCUUCAUUGUUGCAGACAGUCUGUUCAGAUCAACCCUCCUCCCUCCUGGCAAGUCUCCACCUCAUAGUCAUGCAGAUCAACCCAGUGUUGGUGGAGUCUCUUGUCGUUUUGGCAGUGGUGCUGUGUGUCCACAUGGUGGUCUGGAACCAGCAAUCCUGGUGCAGCAUAGCCCUCAUCAUCCAGGCUUUCUAUGUACAGCACAAAUGGGACCGUCUGCUCAGGUCUGGGGGUGCUGUGUUCCAGUUUCGUCCGGCCACAAAUAGUGGCAUCGUCCCGGCCUCCAUGGUGAUGCCCUUGCUAGGUCUGGUGCUGAGAGAAAAGUGCUCUGCCUCAGGGAAUGUUUAUUUUGAGCGCUUGUCCAUGGUGAUCACCAUCACGGGCAUGAUGCUGGCUCUGUUUUUGUCCCUGAUUGCGCUCGGCAUCACGAGACCUAUGCCUACAAAUACAUGUGUGAUCGCAGGCAUGGCAGGCAGUGUGAUUCUCUACACGACAAAACAGACCCUGACCGUGUCUGAGGUCAUUGAGGUUUUAGAGGUACUUUUGAUCUUUGUCUAUCUCAGUCUGAUUGUGCUUUAUCUGCUCCCACGCUGCUUCACACCUGGAGAGGCGCUCCUCAUCAUCGGUGGAAUCAGUUUCGUUGUCAACCAGCUCAUCAAGCGUUCCCUGAACCUGGCAGAGGUCAAAGGCGAUCCAGUGAACUAUUUCCUGUCGGUGAUAGUGGUGGGCUCACUGUUGCUGGGUGUUUUCUUUGCCCUGCUCUUCUGUUUCAUGGAGUCAGAAACGUGGGUGUCAUCACUUUUCUUCUACAUGAUGACAGCUGUUUUGGGCAUGGGAAUUCUCAUGCCCUGGCUCUCUCUGUUCAUCGGCCGCCAUCCCAUCAUGUGGCUGCUGGACUUUCUCACAUUAAAUGACAAACGACUCUGUCUGCUAGGCUACUGGGUGUUUCUGGCUGUUGUGGCCACCUGUGUUGUAUUACAUCAGAACCACCAGCGGCAGUCAGGGUCCAAAAAACACCAGGCCUCAACUGUUGUCAGGAAGUACUUCCAUCUAAUUGUAGUGGCCACGUAUGUUCCAGGGCUGAUAUACGACAGGCAGCUGCUCCAUGUGGCAUCUGUGGUUUGCUUGGCGAUUUUCUUGUUCCUGGAGUAUGUGCGUUACUUUCGGAUCAGGCCACUGGGUCAGCUGCUCAGGCAGUUACUCACCUUGUUCCUGGAUGAGCGGGACUCUGGACCCUUGAUCCUGACCCACAUCUACCUGCUGCUGGGCAUGUCUCUGCCCCUAUGGCUGUUCCCUGGGCCCUGUGCCCCUAAGGGGAUACUUCCAGGUGCAGGCAGCCUGGUGCCUUAUGCAGGUGUGCUGGCUGUGGGAGUGGGAGACACUGUGGCAUCGGUGUUUGGCAGCACCAUGGGGGAGAUCCGCUGGCCCGGCACUAAGAAAACCAUGGAGGGGACAGCGACCUCUGUGUUCGCCCAGAUAAUUGCUGUGGCCAUGUUUCUCAUCUUCGAUGGGAGUAUCAAUCUGGACUCCACCUACUCAUGGAUUGUUGGCUCUAUUUCCCUGGUGGCCAUGUUGGAGGCCUACACCUCACAAAUAGACAACCUCCUCCUCCCACUCUACCUCUUCAUCCUGCUGUUGCUUUGAAUGGACACAAACAAAAACGCACCGCUCCUCCUGUUCUCAACCUUUUCUUGGGGUAAGCAAGAACACUGACUUUGAAAAAGGUGUUAGAAAAUUGAAAAAAAGACUGAAGUAAUAAAAGUUCAAAACAAAAGCACACCUGAUAUUAGUAUAGUAAGUCUGUCUUCAUUUCAGAGUCGUUUUGGUAUCAAUUCCUUACUGAAUGAAAUCACCAUUUCAAAUAAGUUAUUAAAAGGUGUGCCAGUGAUCACGGUGGUGUACGGAUUCUUUGUGCGUCACCCUCCUCGACACAGGAUAAUCAACAGUAUCAACUCCUGAAUUAUGCAAUAGGAGAUUCUGUUUAACCAAGUGAAAAAACAUCCUUUAAAUGUAGAACUGUGAACAUUACAGAUGCUGCUAGGUGGCACAUUUUCAUCAUCCAUGAGGAGGAUUCCCAGUCUUUUUUUUGUGGAUGAACACAUGCCUUUGAAGGACUGUAUUUAAAGCUGUUUAAGCUUAUUGAUGUCUUUUUCUGAAUCAACCUUUUUAAUUAUUACAAUAUUAUUAUUAUUAUUUGCCUCCCUGGUGGCAAAUAUGAAGGACUUCCUGAAAAUGUUUGCCUUAAGAAGUGCAUUUUCUAUCACCUACUACUGUACCAAAUGCUGUAGAUAGAAGCAUGCCAGCCCCUCUCUACAAGGGCUGCUUUGUACUUUGAUUGGGCAGAAACACUCACUAUGCUCCUGCAUGACACUAAUAUGAAAUCCAGUACUGUAACAUACUGUAUGCAGGUAUACCACAAUAUAUUUUUGUCUGGUACAUUGCUUAAUAUUUGUGUGGUCUGACUGGACCCCUUAAAGGUAAACUUUACAUUUCCUUGUGAUACUGAGCCUUCAAACUUAUUUUCUGUAUCUGUCUGUAUAUACGUUUUGGACUAAACUGCUGAACAUCUUUUUAGUGACAGUGCAUCCAAGUUACUGGAUAUUUGCUUUAAAGAAACAUCCUGAUCUCAUCAUUGUUAGACGAUGCUACAUUUUAUAACCUGAAACCCGUU